UAACAAAAUCCGGAUUCUUGAAAAACUUUUCUUCCACUUUAAAUCAUUUUAGAUUCUCAUUUUCCAUCUAUGCAUUGCUCUACAAUGAAGCUAUAAAAACUCUUCUAUUAUCACCAAUUUUUUGUCACUCGUUUAGGUGUUAACAUUUAUACAAAGGUGAAGCUAUGUCGAUGAUUCUGCUACAUGGUACGCUUCAUGCUACAAUCUUUGAGGCAAGUUCAUUAUCACACCCUCACAAAGAAACCGGUGGCGGUGGAGGGCCUGGGUUCCUCCGAAAGAACGUUGGUAAAAAAACGGUACCAAAGAGAAGAUUGUUUUCAAGGAUCAAGAGAAUAUUAUCAUGCCAAACUCAGCUUGUGGAAAAUAUUGAGGAAACUGUCGGAGUGGGUAAAGGAGCUACCAGAUUAUACGCGACAAUCGAUCUUGAAAAGGCAAGAGUUGGUCGAACAAGAUUGAUUGGGGAUGAAGAAGUUAACCCUCGGUGGUAUGAGUCGUUUCAUAUUUAUUGUGCACAUAUGGCAUCUAACAUUAUCUUCACUGUCAAAGACGACGAUCCUAUCGGUGCAACUCUAUUAGGAAGAGGUUACUUGCCUGUCAACGAAAUCAUCAACGGGCAAGAAGUCGAUGAAUGGCUUGAGAUUAUGGACAAAGAUCGUAAUCCUAUUCCAGGAGGUGGUAAAAUCCAUGUGAAACUACAGUUUUUUGAUGUUACAAAGGACCGUAAUUGGUCUCGUGGGAUUAUGAGUCCUAAAUUCCCUGGUGUUCCUUAUACUUACUUUACUCAGAGAAAUGGGUGCAAAGUUUCUCUUUACCAAGAUUCGCACGUUCCAGACAAUUUCAUCCCAAAAAUUCCACUUUCUGAUGGAAAAUUCUAUGAGCCACAUCGAUGUUGGGAGGAUAUCUUUGAUGCAAUUACCAAUGCACAACAUUUUAUUUACAUAACGGGUUGGUCUGUAUAUACCGAGAUAACUUUGGUGAGGGACACAAGGAGGCAAAAACCGGGAGGAGAUAUUACCCUAGGAGAGUUACUGAAGAAGAAAGCUCGAGACGGUGUUAAGGUUCUUAUGCUUGUUUGGGAUGAUAGAACAUCGGUUGGAUUGCUAAAGAAGGAUGGAUUGAUGGCUAGCCAUGAUGAAGAAACUGCACAAUACUUUGAGAACACUGAAGUUCACUGUGUACUUUGCCCUCGUGAUCCUGAUGAUGGAGGCAGCAUAGUUCAAGACUUACAAAUAUCUACAAUGUUUACUCAUCACCAAAAAAUUGUUUGUGUUGAUAGCGAGAUGCCGGGAAGAGGAUCACAAAAGAGGAGGAUUGUGAGUUUUGUUGGAGGAAUUGAUCUUUGCAAUGGAAGGUAUGAUACACAAUUCCAUUCACUUUUUAGGACGUUGGACACGGCGCACCAUGCCGAUUUCAAUCAACCAAAUUUUACUGGCUCUGCAAUCACAAAGGGUGGCCCAAGGGAGCCGUGGCAUGACAUCCACUCAAGACUCGAAGGACCUGUUGCUUGGGAUGUUUUAUAUAACUUUGAGCAAAGGUGGAGAAAGCAAGGUGGGAAAGACCUUCUUAUUGAGCUUAGAGAGCUUGCUAACAUAAUUAUUCCUCCAUCUUCUGUUAUGUACCCGAAUGAUCGUGAAACAUGGAAUGUUCAAUUAUUUCGUUCAAUUGAUGGUGGGGCUGCUUUUGGAUUCCCUGACACACCUGAGGAAGCAGCAAGAGCAGGGCUUAUUAGUGGGAAAGACAACAUCAUUGAUCGAAGUAUUCAAGAUGCAUACAUAAAUGCCAUUCGUCGGGCAAAGAACUUCAUCUACAUCGAAAAUCAGUAUUUCCUUGGAAGUUGUUUCGGGUGGAAACCUGACGAUAUCAAAGUUGAAGAUAUUGGCGCUUUACAUCUUAUUCCCAAAGAACUCUCACUUAAAAUUGUAAGUAAGAUCGAAGCAGGAGAAAGGUUUUCUGUUUAUAUUAUUGUUCCUAUGUGGCCAGAAGGUAUCCCCGAAAGCGCAUCUGUGCAGGCAAUACUAGACUGGCAGCGAAGAACAAUGGAGAUGAUGUACACCGACAUUGCUCAAGCUCUUCGAGCUAAGGGAAUAGAAGCGAACCCAAAGGACUAUUUAACGUUCUUCUGCCUAGGUAAUAGGGAGAUGAAGAAGGACGGAGAGUAUCAACCAACAGAACAACCAGAACCUGACUCUGAUUACCUUAAAGCUCAGCAAGCUCGACGUUUCAUGAUCUACGUUCAUUCCAAGAUGAUGAUAGUGGACGAUGAAUACAUAAUUGUUGGAUCAGCGAACAUCAAUCAAAGAUCGUUAGAUGGAGCAAGGGAUUCUGAAAUAGCUAUGGGGAGUUAUCAACCAUAUUACAUAGCAACAAAUAGGGAACGAGCACGAGGCCAGAUCCAUGGUUUCCGAAUGGCACUGUGGUAUGAACAUCUAGGCAUGCUUGACGAAGCUUUCCAACAACCUGAAAGCCAGAAUUGCAUCCAGAAAGUCAACAAAAUAGCUGAUAAAUACUGGGAUAUGUAUUCAAGUUCUAACCUCGAACGUGAUUUACCUGGACAUCUUUUGACAUACCCUGUUGCAGUUACUUAUGAAGGAAAUAUUACUGAAUUACCAGGAAAUGAAUUCUUCCCAGAUACUCAAGCUCGUGUUCUUGGUACUAAAUCUGAUUAUCUACCUCCUAUUCUAACUACAUAAAUUUGUUUGUCCAUUGAUAAUUCACAUCAAUAAUGUUGCUCAUCACUUGAUACGUGAUAUUUGCAUUUGUUACUAGUAGUAAUUUACCAUUUUUUUUCUUUCUUGUAAUUGAAAGUGCAUGAUCCUGUCAAGGAAUAUGUCAUACUGUACGAAUGUAAUAACUUGUAAUUCAAACCAUCUACUUCUGUAGCGCAUUCAAAAGAUAAUAUAUUAAAAUUCUUUUGAUUGAUGACAUUAA